AUGGCUGAGAAUAUUAGGCGUGGUUUGCAAGAUUUAACUCUUGGUGCUGAUGACGCACCUUUUGUCCUGCCUACCAAUGUUGUGAGAAGAGCAGAAGAAGAAAACCGCUUCAUCCUGAUUGGGCGUCCUGUCAUGCCACGACGUCAGAAUCUCCGUGCACUCAUUGCUACUAUGCCAAGAAAUUGGGGUUUGGAAGGAAUUGCUCGUGGGCGUAUCAUUGAAGGACGUCGUUUUCAGUUCGUGUUUCCUUCAGAGGAAGCGAUGGAGAUGGUGAUUCGGAGGGGUCCAUGGGCUUUCGCUGAACGAAUGAUGGUGUUGCAACGCUGGACGCCAUUGAUGGACAUGGCGCUCCUGAACUACAUUCCUUUCUGGAUUCAAAUCCGAGGAAUCCCGUUCCAGUAUAUGAACAGAGAUGUUAUUGUUCAUAUUGCAAGAGAGAUAGGUCAAUACAUUCAAAUGGAUUACAAUGAAGAAAAUGGUGGUCGUCUGGAGUUUGUCAGAGUGAGAAUCAAUUGGGAAGUCUCUCAACCAUUGCGUUUCCAGCGCAACUUUCAAUUCACUCCAGGAGUCAACACUCUGCUUCGUUUCCAGUAUGAGAGACUCAGAGGCUUUUGUGAACUCUGUGGGAUGAUGACCCAUGACAAUGGAGCCUGUCAAAUCCAAAACGGUGGUCCUAACCCUGAUGGAGACAACAAUGACAGUGGCGAUGAUCAGCCAGAUGAUCUCGUUCCUAAUCAGGGGAUCAUUAUUGAGGAGAUCCAUGAUGACGAAGUUCAAGAAGAAGAAGCUAAUCCGGUUGUUCCAGAAGGUGACGGUUCAGAGAGGAACAUGGCAGAGAUUGAUGCUGCGGAUGAUGAUGAUGAGCUCUGGCAUGGAGAUGCUAUGCCAAACAUGUAUACUGAUGAGAUUGUCAUGGAUGAAAUGUAUAACCCGAUUGAUCCCUUUGGUAUUCAGGCUGAAAGAGAGUCAGGAGGCAAGAGGAAGAAAUGGAUGGGAGAGGCAACGCUGAAUGUCUCCAAAUUCACUCGCACGGAAGUGGGGCAAUCCAGUGGAACUGCUGAGACCAAGCGACAACGCUUCACUGUUUCAGACAAGGAGGAGAGCGCAGAGGCUCAAGUUCAUGACGAGGCUGAGAAAUCUUUUGAGGUGAGAGGCGCGGUGGGCCCAGAACCACCUCUUCCACCAUGA